AUCGACCAUCACCUCGACCGUCACUUAGCGACCUAUCAACUAUGGGAUUCGACUUUACUGUCUUCAAGGGAUCGAAAGAUGGAAAGAUCACCAAAUCAACCACUCACAAAGACACUCUUGAUCCUGACGAGGUCCUCAUUCAAGUGACGCAUUCCGGUCUUUGUGGUACAGAUCAACAUUAUAGAUCGGAAGAGAUGGUUCUUGGUCACGAAGGCGUUGGUAUAGUCCAGCAAAUCGGCUCCACUGUUACAUCCUUCAAAGUCGGUGAGCGCGUCGGUUGGGGAUACGAACACGACUCUUGUGGCCAUUGCGACGAGUGUCUAAACGGGAACGAGAUGCAUUGUCCCGAGAGGCACAUGUACGGAAUUUCCGAAUUUGACCAAGGCUCAUUUGCUACGCAUGCUGUGUGGCGAGCUCGAUUCCUGUUCCAUGUUCCCGAAUCCAUUCAGUCAGCUGAAGCUGCGCCUCUCAUGUGUGCCGGCGCAACUGUGUUCAAUGCACUUUACUCUCAUGAUGUCCGGCCCACUGACCGGGUCGGUAUCGUUGGAAUCGGGGGUCUUGGACAUCUCGCAAUUCAAUUUGCAUCAAGAAUGGGGUGUGAAGUAGUUGUAUUCUCUGGCACGGAAAGUAAAAAGCAAGAGGCGAUGCAUUUAGGCGCUAGCGAAUUUUAUGCUACAAAAGACGUGAAGAAGCUUGACAUUGGAAGAAAGUUGAAGCAUCUUUUUGUUACCACAAGUUCUCAACCCGAUUGGCCUUUAUUUUUUUCCGUGCUUGCUCCAAAUGCUGCCAUCUAUCCUCUAACGGUGUCGCAGGAUAGUCUGACUAUGCCAUACCUCGAACUUGUCCAGAAUGGAAUCCGCAUACAGGGAAGCAUUACACCUUCGCGUGGAACACACAUUAAGAUGCUACGUUUUGCGGCUUUCCAUCAAAUCAAGCCUAUCGUACAGACAUUCCCGAUGAACCUUGAAGGUAUCGAAGAUGCAAUGCAGAAACUGGAGAAGGGAGAAGUUCGAUAUAGAGCCGUUCUUGUUGUUGAGGGAGCAUAGAGCAUAGAAAUUAAGACUCUUCUUUGAAAAUUUGCCGUCUAGCUUUCAUGUGAUAUCAAAUACUGCUUGUAUGAAUAGCACUGGCUCUCGGAGUAUCUAUUAUGCAAAAAGCUCGUGUGCAGACACGAAAAAGAGAUUCAAGCCCC